CAUUCAUUCGUUCAUUGUUUUGUUAAUAACUGCAGUUGCAUUUUCCAUUUCUCCUUUGAAGAAAGAGAUAUAAAAAUGGCGGAAGAAGAAGAAGAAGAAUCAGAGCUGAGCGACAAGCAGAAAGUUGAAAUCGCCAAAUGGUUCCUCCUCAACUCUCCCCCUGGUGAAAUCCAAUACGUUGCCAAAGAUGUCAAAUCCAUUCUCAACAACGACGAUUUGUUCAACGAGGCAGCUACCGAGGCAUUCCCCGUCUACAACCUAACCCACUUGAUUUCCCUUCAACUCCCCAACCGAACCGGAGACGUACUGGUUACUUCAUUUGGUGAGCUUGAGGGGAAUGCAUUUCUUGAUCCCAGGACUGCCCAAGUAGCAGUAGUUGACCAUGUUAAACAAGUUUGUACGGAUGUGAGACCUGCAGCAGAUGAAGAACUUCCAUCUCCAUACAUUGAAGAAUUUCGAUGCAGUCUGGACGCAGAAAUACUUAAAUAUGUUGAAGAAGCUUAUCCAAAAGGGGUCUGCUCUGUCUACUGUGGAAAUGGGAAAGAUGUUGAGGGCCCAGGUUGUGAUUUUGAGCUUGCUGUGGUGAUUUCUGCUGCUAGGCAUAGCCCACAAAAUUUCUGCAAUGGGAGUUGGUGUUCAACAUGGAAUAUUGAGUUCAAAGGUGAUAAUCAAACAGUGGAAUUAAAGGGUAAAAUGCAGGUGGGUGCCCAUUAUUUUGAGGAAGGAAAUGUGCAGUUAGAUGCAAAACAUGAAUGCAAAGAUGCAACUCUUUUUCAGGCCCCUGAGGAUUGUGCGGUUGGCAUAUCAAGCAUUAUUCGUCAUCAUGAAACAGAGUACCUUGCUUCUAUAGAGGCUUCAUAUCUUAGCCUCCCUGAUUCUACUUUCAAGGAUCUUCGGAGGAAGCUUCCAGUCACCCGCACCUUAUUUCCAUGGCAUAAUACUUUGCAAUUCAGCUUGACAAGGGACAUCUCAAAGGAACUUGGCAUCGGAAAGUAAAUACAUGCACACAUACACAACACAACAAAGAAAAGAUGUGUUUACUUGAACUUGGUGGUGACAAGUUCACAAUAUGUAAUUUGAUCAAGUCAAUCAUUCUUAGGGGUUGGCUUUGACUUUCUUCCUUUGUCCGAGUCUCCUCCGCAUGUGUACUGUACUGUAAUUCUUUUUCAACAUUGUUGUAUAGCAGUAAAGAGUUACGCUUGUUCUAGCCA